UCGAUCUCGGCAGCAUCUUGUUCGAUUUUCUACCUGCCUAUGACUGACCAAUCACCUGACAGCUGGCCCGUCAUCCAUGAGUCUGAAGGAAAUCGCGUUGGUUGACCGGAGGAACUAACGAUGGGCGAGGAAGAAGAAGAAGAAAGCAGAGUGGCUAUGGCGGAUCGGCAAGAAGAAGGGGCGGUAAGAAAGGAGGAAGAAGGAGCAGAAUCACGGAUGCAAACAGACGAUGAAGACAUUGUCAUGGCUGCGGAGGAUGCAAAGGGUGAGGACGGCGAGGAGGAAAAGGCAGAAUCACCGCGGGAGGAAAGAGGUAAUGCUGUCGUGGAAGCGAUUGGAAGGGCCGCCGCGGGUGACAGCGGCGGGGGGGAACCCUCUACCGGGGGAAUAGGCGCGAUAGCCGCAGAUGUUUUCUCGUGGCUAUUCGGUUCAAAUACUCCAGGUAGAGAACAUGAAGGAGGAGGAGGAGGAGGAGGAGGAGGAGGAGGAGGAAUAGGCGGGGGAGGAAGAGGCGGCGGAGGAAUAGCUGGCGGAGGAAUAGGAGUAGCAGGAGUAUCGGGAUACGGUGAGAGAGGAAGAGUAGUAGUAGUAGGAGGAGGAGGAGCAGUGCGAGCAUCGGGGUACGCCGGUGGUGCAAGGAUCGAAGGCCGAGCAGGUGAGGGCACUUCAGAAGGACGAGAGGAGACGGUAGUACAAAGGGACUUGGGCGGCGGAGGUUCGGUGAGUUGUACAUCACGGAUUCAAAAAAUGGACUUGGGCAAAACAGCAGCAGCAGCCAAGCCAGCGAUCGACGUGAUGGAGGUGGUUAAGGCAGGCGUUGACAGCGCCGGCGGCGACGAAGAAAGGGGUGAUGGAGGACAAAGAGGAGGUGGACAAUGCAGGAGGGCAGGGGAACUGGGAGGAAGAGGGGGAGGAGGAGAGCAGGGAGAGGCAGCAGCAUUUCUUGCGAGAAGCGAAGGACAGAACGGAAGUAGUGAUCGAGGUGGAAGCUGUGGCAGCAAGCGGAGAGUGGAGAACUUAUGGCGGAGGAGGUACUGGAGUAUGAGGCGGAACUUGUUGGAGGGUUUGAUGACACGUGGCGAUGAUCUCGAGGAGAAGAAAGACACGUGGCAUCUGGUUCGAGCGUGUGUUUCGUCGUUAGCGAACGAGCUCCUUCCGCGUUCAUCGUGGUCGUCGUGGUGGUCGUCGUCGUCGUCUUCCCUUGGCCCGCCGUGUAUGCAUCUCCCCCACCCCCACCUCUUUUGUCCAUUACUUGUGUUGAUUGCUCGAUAUCUGGAAAUGCUCUUGCAUAGAUUGGCAAACUCUGCUGCGCGUGUGAAGAAGGGAAAACUGGAAACAGGCCAAGGAGGAGGAGGAGGAGGAGGAGGAGGAGGAGGAGGAGGAGGAGGUGGGAGAGCGGGACUUACCAUAAGUAGGAACGAAGUUGAAGAGGUUGUCUGGAAGUUUGCCGCGUCGUUGCAGACAAUCCGAAGGAUUUGUUAUGUAUAUAGUCAUGGAUAUAGUAAUAGUUCAUUAACGGGAACACAACGGCCAGUGGCUGGAAGACGACGAUCUGCAGAAGGUGGUGGGUGUCCUACGCUGAGUCAGGAGCGUUUGGAAAGGAGCAGAAUCGCUGACAUGGAGAAAUCGUUGUCGGGGUCGGGAUCCUCGAGGUCUGAGGGGCGCGGCCUGCCUUUGCAGAUGACGAGAGUUGUUGACGAGUGUUUGGACAGAAUAUGGCGUUGCUGUGGCGUUCAGGAAAAAGGGGAUAAUCGCAAUGUCACGAAACGUCGUCGUUCUGAUAACAACGGGGGGUUGACACGUGGCGAGGCCGCGUUUGGCGGAACUGACGAUGCUGGCUGCCAAGGCGCGGCAUCGCAUGAGAGGGGGGACGGUAUGAUGACUUCAACUUCAGACCGCUGGCUGAUUGGUCCAGAUCGGGAUCGACGAUCAGGGUGUAGUCUGGAAGGAAAGCUGUGGGGAGUCGUGCAGAAUGUCAUUGUGUCAGAGUAUGAGCAGGUACAGGCGCUAAUCUCUGCUCCGCCCGCGGAGGGGAGGGAGGAGGAGGGUGUUAAUAAUAAUAGGGUUUCGUGGAGGAAGGAGGGGGCACAGGAGGAGGGGGCGGGCAAAGUAAGGGAGAAGGGUGAAAGGGGGUUAAGACGACAGGCUAUGGUCAGGAGAGUUCUUCUCGAAUUUGGCGGGCUGAUGACGAGUGGUCGAUCGGAGGCCGCUAAACGACAAAAGACCAUGGAAAAAAGCGGCGUCGUCGUCGUCGUCGAAGCAGUGAAAGAUGCUCAUGCCUCUUCUCCAAGUAGUCUUAAUCAUCAUCUUAAUCAUCAUCUUAAUCAUCAUCCUAAUCAUCCUAAUCAUCUUAAUCAACUUAAUCAUCAUCUUGAUCUUAACGGCUCGUUGGUUCAUCGAGAGAGGGCGGAGAAGACAAGGAUUGCUGGCAUAUGCGGCCUGGUCGCUGACGUGUUAAGAGUGUUGGAUCCGGAGGUAGACGUGGCAGAGCACAGGGAGUUUCUUGUAGGAGACCUGACGAGCCAGUGGGUGGAUGGAGGGUGGGGAGGGUGGACAAGGAGGGGUGGUAGUGGUAAUGUGAAGGAGGGGGAGGAGAUACAGAUGAGAGAAGAUGCUUCUGGGCCAGAGAACGGGCGGGGUAGUCGUGAAAAUGUGUCGGAGGAGGGGGAGGAGAGGAAAGACAUGAGAGAAGCAGCUUCUGGACCCGCGAAAGGGCAAGAAGAAGGGUUUGGGCUGAGAUCAGUUAUGUUGGCACACGCAGUGGAGUGUGCCUCGUGGCAAGGACUGUCUGAUCUGGCCGAAGAUGUCCUCCACAGGUGGAAUGGAGACUUAAGGGGAGGGGGAGGGGGUGAGCUAGGAAAAGGCCGGCAGCAACAACGAAACCCUAGAUUUGAUGGGGGGAUGGGAACAGCUGGAGGGGGAGGUGGUGGAAUGUAUAAGGUUGAUGAGAUCCGUAAGACAGCGUUUAUGGCGAUGAGGCAAGCUGGGAUGCUGAUGGAAUUCUUGUUGACCUGUUUACAACACCCUAGGGUUCGUGGAGGGUGGAGCGGAAGCGCAACGAAUAGCUCCCCUCUUAAGAGUCCGGGUACGGCUCCCUGCAUAUUCACACCAACACCACUUUCUGUCCGUGCGAUUGUGAAUCUUGCUGUCACUGAACUAUCUGCAUGUAGAAUGGCUGCAGCAACGAGUUUGCAGAAGCGCGAGUGUGAGACCGCCCUGCCGCUUUUCUGUUCAGAAGGUGUGGAGGAGAAGGAGCCAUCUCUUCCAAGAAGCACAACGAAGUCAACGACAAUGACAAAGCUAGGAAAGGAUCAUUUGGACCGAAGCAGCAGAUGCCUUCGGGUGCUGAUCAUUGCAUGCAGAGUGAGCUCAGAUGUGCUACUGUCUAUCGUGGAGUACCUGUGUGCUCUUGGGAAGGAGGGUUAUGGUAAUGAUGGCAGUGGCACAUUCGAUAAACAAGACAAGGGAGUGAGCAGCAUUGAGGUUGACUUGUUCAGGCGUUCGAGCAUGGCUCAAUCUCUGGAUCAGUGUAUGGAGGCGACAGCUGAAAGCUCUCUCGAGGAAAGUCUGCAAAGGCGAUACAUUUCCUUGUCGGCUCAAGAGCUGCUGCUGGGACUUUACUUCGCCUUCCCAGUUUCUGUUAUGUCCGCCGUGGGCCCGUCCUUCUCAUCUGGUUUGGGAUCGAGCUCCACGACGCUUUCAGAGUGGGCAAUGGAAGUUCUCGCUGAUGCUCCAGGAGAAAGAUUUCCUGCCAUGACUUGCUCGUUGGGUUCAUCACUGCAUUCCGCAGUUCGUCUUCUAAGCAAUGGUGCUGAUAAAGAAAAGCAGAACGCGGCAUUUGUGUUUUGCCUUGAGCUCGCUGUUCGGCACAAGGCACUUCUCAUACCACAUCUUCCUUUCUUUGCAGUGCUUCUCAAG